AAUUCAACGACGGACCACUUCCGUUUCCGGUGCUCAGUGUCAACAGAGCUUCAACACACGUUUUCACUCUGAAACGAUGCCGAAGACCCAGAAGGGGAAAGCGGCGGAGAAAGUUGUUCAUCCGUACAGCAGGAAAGCAGCUUACCUUGCCCGGGAAGAAAACCGACUGAAAAGGAAAGAAAGGCAGAAAAACGAGAAAGCAGCGCGUCUGAACAACAUUGGUGAGAAGCUGCUGUGGUUUCAGAGUCAGCUGGAUUCAGCGAAGACAAAUUAUUCCCGGAAAGAUGCCUGUGAGAUUAUUGAAAGGUACCUUCACAGAUUUGAUUCAGAACUGGAACAGAUCAAGUUGAUGAAUGGGAUCAAAGGUCGGCAGGGUCGUCUUCAUGGCGCCAGAGAGGCUGUCAUCAAACAGACCGUGGAGCGAGAACAGGCGCAGUACGAAGGCGUCGGAUUUGAGAUUCCAGACAUCAUCAAUACAAAGCAUCUGAAAACAUUCAGAGAAUGGACCGGAGAUCUGAAGAAACUUCCAAACAUAAAACUACGAAAAGUAUCAAAGAAAAAUGUGGACACAAGAAAUGAAAUGGAGGAAAAAGAAGAUCCAGAGGAAGUUCCUGAGGAAGAUGAUUUGGAUGAUGAGCUGAUGGAUGAGACUGAUCACUAACACUUGUUUGUGCUUUAAUAUGGAAGCCUCUGUGGAAGUGGGGAGGCUUGUAAAGGGAAGAAAUCGUGUGAGAAGAUGCUUCUGUUCCACAGAUGACCUGCGGGUGGUGCUAAACCCCAAGUCCGACACCUAAAUUGUUCCCAUACCAAGUUUUUCCAUUUGACAAGUCAGUAACUUCAGACUGGACUUUUUGAGGUUCUACAUUCAUUUAUUGCACAAACAAUUCCAUUAUGCAUGUAACCUGCAUCGUGUCUAUUCAGAGCUGAAAAAACAAACAUGCUGCAAAACAGUCCUGCACAAGAUUGGACAAAGAAAAACAUUCGUAAAGUUCUGGUUGUCAUAAUGUAUCAGUUACUGAUAAUCUCCAGAUGAAAGCUACAUAAAACUACAAUUUAUCAACAAA